CAGUGAAUGACGUCAGUAGAAUCGCUUGUGAAUUACGUCACCCGACGCCGGGUCGCGUGACGUCACGGGCCGAGGCUCCACCCUUCGCAUGCGCCGCAAUCUUGAAUACGCAUGCGCAUCCGGCAAACUCCAGCUGCCAAACGUGCCUUUUUUUAAACAAGCAAUUGUUUUAAAACAUCUAACACCAGCACUGGGGGUUUGUAGACGAUACACGUGUGAGUGUUGCAGUUGGUUUCAAGUAGUUGCUCCGGUUGACCUUCAGUCUGGUUGACCCCCGCGACCCGCCGCCCCGGCCCUGCCACAUGGAUCCAGGGGAGGAGGGGGACCGUGGCUACGGGCUGUUCCCCCAGCACAAGGGGAGGAAAGAUAAGAAGGGCCUGCUCGCCGAAAGUCUCUUCACCUUCAACCACAAGUGCCAGCUGAUGCUGAAAGUCGCCCUGGACACGAGUCCUUUUGCAAAACUACUUAUGGAUGCCAUGAAAAGUUCAGGGUGCACCGUAUAUAAGGAUCGUCACUUCUCCUGUGAAGACUGUGAUGGAACUGUCAGUGGAGGUUUUGAUGCUGAAAUAUCGCAGAUUGUCUUAUGCCAGAAUAAUAUCCACCAGCAAGAGCACAUGAACCGAGUCGUGACCCAUGAAUUAAUCCAUUCGUUUGAUCACUGUCGUGCGCAUGUGGAUUGGUUCAACAACAUAAAACACCUCGCCUGCUCAGAGAUUCGAGCUGCUAAUCUCAGUGGUGAAUGCACGUUUGGGAACGAAUUGAGCAGAUUCAAUUUUGGCCUAAAGCAGCACCAUCAAAAAUGCGUACGUGAACGAGCCUGCCGUUCGAUAUUAGCCGUUCGCAAAGUCAGUCGAGAAACUGCGAUGAAAGCUGUUGAUGAUGUUUUUGAUAGCUGUUUUAAUGACCAUGAACCCUUUGGAAGAGUUCCACACAAUAAAAGUGACGCAAAAUACGCCUAUAGGGAUUUUCAGAAUCGAAAUAGAUUUUACACAAAUCUUUGAAAAUGUAUCUGGUGACACAGUAGUAAUGUUUUAUUAAUUUGUAAUAAAAAUCUAUAAACACAAUUAUAAAAUCCAUUGCACUGGAAUCUAUUAUUGUUUUACAAGUAUGACUAUUUCCCUGAACAUGUUUUUUUCGAUCAACUUGUUAAGCAAAAUUCUUGUGCUUGACUGGAUGUAGACCCUUUCAGAAUUUUAAUUUUUUAAUUUUUUUUAAUUGUUUAUCUUUUCACUAAAGUAUGUUUCAGUUUGUGGUUUGUUAUGCCACGUUUGUACAUAAUGACUAUAAUUACCACAGAAUAACAAUAUUGUAUGAAGAAUAUAAUAUUAAAAGUGGCUUCAUAAGCA